ACCGGAUGCGUUUAGUUUUGGUUUUAACUCAACUUGCUGUCAACCCGGAAAGAGGCUGCGCGAGUGGCACAAGGCUCGGCUUUCUGUGCGGAGCUUUCAUCUGUUUUCGCGGAUAAAUGAGCGCGCAUUGUGCGUGUAUUGUGUUCUGAGAGCGCGCUGAACAAAACACACACUGCGGAACGCGGAUGAGUCACGAGCCUUAGGGAUUCUGGAAGUGAAAUCUGGGACAUGCCUUACCUGGACAGACAAAACCGGACCUGUGGAUUCCUGGAUAUUGAGGAAAAUGAGAACAGUGAUAGGUUUUACCGGCGUUAUUUUAUCUUGGAUACUCAUGAGAAUUUUCUCCUAUGGUAUAUGGACAAUCCACAGAACCUACCUUUGGGAACAGAGUUUGUUGGGAGUCUGCGACUCAGUUACAUUUCAAAGGUUAAUGAAGCAUCAGUAAAACAGAAACCAAAGGCAGAGUUCUGUUUUGUUAUAAAUGCAUUGUCUAGACGGUACUUUCUGCAGGCUAAUGAUGCUGUGGACUUGAAGGAAUGGGUCAUUGCUCUGAAUAAUGCCACCAAAAUUACAGUUCCCAAAGCUUCACCAGUGACCCAAAGCUCUGAUGUCACAAAUGUUUCAAACCCAAGUCAUUCGACAUCUGGACAGGCGUAUAAAACAGAAAUUGUCGGAGGAGUGGUUGUGCACACGCCAGUCCAACAGGUUCCUCAGAGCGAUUCUGAGGACGUCUUCACGAGUGAACUAGGGUCACACGUCACUUUAAGAAGAUGCCAGAGUGUGCGUCCAAACGUCGUGAGGUCUGGCUUCUGUGUCAAGCAAGGCAAUGUGAGGAAAAGCUGGAAGAGGAGGUUUUUUAUUUUGGAUGACCAAACUGUGAGCUACUAUAAAUCUGAAAUGGAUAAGGAACCGUUGCGCAGUAUUCGACUGCGGGAUGUGCUGAGAGUUAACGAGUGCCUUGUAAAAUCAGGGGAUCUGCUGUCUCGUGAUAACCUUUUUGAAAUCACCACAAGUACCAGAACCUUCUACAUUCAGUCAGACACUCCAGAAGACAUGAAGGGCUGGAUCAUGGAUAUUUCCUCAAAAAUUGAAGACUUUAGAGGGCCACCCAAGUUCCACUCUUCCAGCAAAAUGUUUUCUGCGCAGAAGAAGCCUCAGCUGACGAAGAGCUGCUCCACUGUAGAUUCGUGGCAACCGUGGACCCCGGUGCCCAAUCAGGAGCAGCUUUUAAAGGAGGAGGGUCAAAAAGAUGGGCCGUACAGCUCUCUCCCCUCACUCUCGCACACAAGCCACGUCUCUCAGUCAAAAGAUCGACAUCGGCACCAUUCCCAGCCUCAACUCCCUCCCAACGACACAGACUUUUCUCACAGUCUCGAUCAUCUCCGCUCCACUGAUGUUUAGUUGCUUUAACGGAUACUUCUGACCAGCGCAUUGAUAGUGUUGUGAUUUUUGCUUUUAGUUGUAGAGCUGCACGAUUCUGGACAAAUUGAGAAUCACGAUUUUUUUGUUUAAAAUAGAAAUCACGAUUCUUCCAUGA